GUAUAAAUAAAAUGCCGGCAAGACAGUGACUGUAUAACCUACAAAGCGACAAAAUGGCCACUGACGUUCUAGGUUUACGUCCUUUUGUGAUUUUAGGCGUUAUAUUAGUCGGUCUAGCUAGUGCACCUCGGCCUGUCUUGAGUACCGUCUCCACCACCGAACACCCCUACGAAGACCACAGACCCGCCUGGUUUUUCAACCUCACCAAACGCCUAGGAAACCUAGAGUCCCAAAAUGCCCAAAUCUUGACCACCUUAAACACUGUCACUCAAAAACUUGCCCAACACCCAUCCAACUGCCUCGAGGUACAACAACGAGGCCAUAAUGCAUCCGGAGUCUACAACAUACAGCCAAAAUUUUCACCAAAACCGUUUCCCGUGUACUGCAACAUGGAGACACACGGAGGAGGGUGGACCUACUUCAUCCACAGGAACAGCGGCCAACUGGAUUUUUACUUGAAGUGGAACGACUACAAAAUCGGGUUUGGUGACCUGAGAGGGGAACACUGGCUAGGUUUGGAGCACCUGCAUCACCUCACUGCUUCUGACGAUAACGAAAUUUUGGUGGAAAUGGCGGACUGGGAUGGAGUGAGCGCGUACGCUCUUUAUGAUGCUUUUUUCGUGGGCUCGGAGGAAACGGGGUACGCUUUGAAAGCUCUGGGUGUCUACUCGGGGGACGCUGGGGACUCCAUGGGUGGCUACGCUGGUAUGAAAUUUACCACGCAAGAUAAGGAUCAGGAUACACGGGUCAAAAGUAACUGCGCGGUCGACGAAUAUGGAGCUUGGUGGUACAUCGCUUGUAGUGGGAGUAAUCCGACGUCGAGGUAUUUGAAACAGGCGAGGCAAGCCCCCUACAUGUAUAAUAUAAUGUACUGGUAUAGCUUCAGAGGAGCCGACUAUAGUCUGAAAAUGAUGAGAAUGAUGGUAAGACCUCGAAGAACCUAAGGAGUGUAGCUGCAAGCUCUCAAAUAAAGUUUUUUAAUAAUUUUAUUAGAAAAU